AUGGAAGCAGAUGCACGCUUGUUCAUACAACAUGAGAUUGCGGCAAUACGGACCGACUACAACACAUCCGUGUCUGAGGACAAACGCCUGCCAGACGAUUGGCCCACUGAUGAUAAUGUUCAGACAUUGGUCAACAUGACUGGGCAGCUCUUUGCCUAUGCAAAGAUUCUCUGUCGUUUCAUUGGCGAUGAUCAGCUGGGAAGUCCCGGUCAGAUGCUAGAGGCAGUCCUUAGCUCACAAGGGGAAUGUGUUGCAUCAAGGCUCGAUGAACUGUACGCGCCCACCCUAGCAAGAGCGUACAUUGGACAAUCUCCCGCGAUGAUUGAACAGUUUCGACAAGUCGUUGGCGCCAUUGUCAUUACCGAUUCUCCUCUUUCGAUACUCGCGCUCUCACGACUCCUCCAAGUUCCUGAGCACACCGUCACGGAUCAGUUGAAUAUGCUUCACUCAGUCAUCGAUGUCCCACAAUCUACUGCGUCACCCGUGCGAUUACAUCAUUCAUCUUUUCGACACUUUUUGCUCAGCUCACACAGCGAGUAUUCUUUGGAUGUAACGCUCAUCCAUGACUAUCUCGCGGCAUGUUGCCUUCGAAUCAUGGCCGAGUGCCUGAGAACAAACAUCUGCGGCUUAUCAUCGCCGGGAACAGAUCGUUCAAGUGUCAAACUAGACCGUAUUCGCUCUUGCAUCCCCGAGGAGCUGCAAUACGCAUGUCAUUACUGGGCCUUGCAUGUCAAGCGGGCGGGUUGGAUGGAGGAUGACGAGGGACGGGUUUUCAAGUUUCUCAACAAUCAUCUUCUUCACUGGUUGGAGGCGCUCAGUCUUGUUGGGAGUGCAACGGAGAGCAUCAGUAUUAUCCAGACGAUGCAGGAUUCCAUUAAUCACACCAGAAGGGAGGGACUGUUCGGCCUCCUCGACGAUGCCCUACAACUCUUGCGCCACAACAUGUCUGUAAUCGAUUCCAACCCACUGCAGCUUUACUCAUCGGCCCUCUCGUUUGCUCCACAGCAGAGUGUUGUGGCAAAUUCAUUCAGCGACCACAUUCCUCAAUGGAUGUCUCUUCGGCCAGCACGAGAAAUCUUAUGGACCGAUUGCCAACAGAUCUUGGAAGGGCACCAAGACGCAGUAAACUCAGUUGCUUUCUCGCCAGACUCGUCACUUCUCGUGUCCGCUUCUGAUGAUCAUACUGUGAGGCUUUGGCGGGUCAGCGAUGGGAAAUGUAUGCAAAAGUUGCUCGGCCACAAGGACGAUGUGUUCUCGGCCAUAUUUUUUCCCAGCGGAGAUGUCAUUGCCUCGGGAUCCGCGGAUAAGACAGUCAAGCUUUGGUCCGUCGAAGAUGGAAGAUGUUUACGAUCGCUGAAGGGGCACAACAGUGGUGUGUAUGAGGUCGCCGUCUCGUCCGACUCGGCACUUCUCGCGUUUGGCUCCUUCAUGCCUGUUGAAUUGGAGUCUGGCAAAGUAUGGAUCUGGUCUAUUACCAAGAACAGAUAUCUGCACGAGAUACAGGGCAGUUGGGGGGCAGUUUAUUCCGUCUCGUUUUCACCCGACUCGACCCUCCUAGCCUCCGGCACGGAAGACGGAGUGGUCCGGAUCUGGAACAUCGAGAGUGGCAAGUGUGUUCACACCCUCAAAGAACACGACAAUAGCGUCUUUUCGGUCGCUUUUGCGCCAAACUCUGAUUAUUUCGCAUCGAGUUCUUCAGAUGGCACUGUGCGCUUGUGGCAGCUGGGCGAGAACAGCUCCAUACAAACACUCGAGAGCGGUAACUUUAUGACCUCAAUUUCCAUCUCUUCUGACUCUGCCCUGCUUGCCACUGCCUCUUCAGACGACGAAAUCCAGCUAUGGAACGUCGACGACGGAUGCUGCGACCUACGGCUAGAGGGCCACGUUGACAGAGUCGAGUCGGUUGCGAUUUCGCCCUGCUCGAAGCUUUUGGCAUCAGCUUCUUCGGACUCAACAGUACGGGUUUGGUUGCCAUACAAUACUUCAAGUGCCCCCAAGCCCGAGAGAGACCACCGGCGAGUCUGUGCGAUCAAGUUCUCGCCCGAUCAUGCGGUUCUUGCAUCUGGCGCAGACGGUAGCAUAGUCCAGCUGUGGGAUGCCAACGACGGAACUCUCAUUCAUGACCUCAGGAUGGAGGAAGAGGAUAAUGAUGAAGACGAAGAUGAGGGUGGAAUCGGUGGCACUUACGUCGACAUUCUCGAGUUUUCUAAUGAUGGGACACUCCUCGUCGCAGUCGCGCUAGAUGGUGCAGCUCGGCUGUGGAGUGUUGUCGAUGGGAAGUGCAUUCAUGACCUGACCUAUGAGGACGGGUGUGUGACCGCAGUGCAGUUUUCCUCUGACUCAACCGUUCUGUUCCUAGGACGUGGAAAUGGCAAUAUCGAACAGCUGAUAGUUGGCGAGGGUUUUGGGGACGAGAUCUCAGGCCACGGAUCAUCAAUAACUGCCAUGUCACUUUCAUCUGAUUCGACGAUUCUCGCAUCAGGUGCCUAUUGCGGCACAGUACAUUUGUGGGAUCUGGUUGAUAGCAAGUGUCUACAUGAGCUUGCAGGUCAUGACAGCGAGGUGAAAGCGGUUGUGUUUUCACCCAACACAUCACUGCUGGCCACAUCAUACGAAGACAACGUCGUCUGUCUAUGGAGUGUGAACGAUGGAAGCUGUACGAGACGGCUGAGAGCCUCAGAGCAAGUGAGAUCCAUGGCCUUCUCGCCUGACUCGAUACUUCUUGCAACUGCUGCCAAAGACGACUUGCUCCAGCUCUGGGACACUGGUGACGGUGAGAGUGUAGCAGAUCACAAGUUCCACCGCGUUGGAACCUCUGACAUCAGAUUUGGCCCCGAUGGGUCGAGUCUCAUUUUCGAUGCCGGCACUCUUUCCAUCGAGGCAGCGAUUUCAGGUGACAAAAGCACCGACUCAGCCCAGGCAUGGAUCGAUGCUGGCUUUGCAAUUAGCCAAGACGAACACUGGGUGACUUGGCGAGGUGAUAAACUUCUCUGGUUGCCGGUAACGGUUCGGCCCUCUUGCUGGACAAUUCAUGAGUCUACUAUUGCAAUUGGAUGUUUAUCGGGGAGAACAGUGAUUAUGAAGCUUGACGUAUCUAGAGUCUAA